AUGUCAUGUUUGUGCACAUAGAUUAUGGUAUCUACAAAUGUGCACUAUGAAGAGACAUGCUGACAUAGAAAGGAUGGACGAUGGUUAGGUGACAAGUCUAAAGCACACAGAGAUAGUAGAAAGAGGAAUCAGGGAGGAGUGAGGGGCCCAUCUGCCUCUGUGGAUUGCCUGAGCCUGAUGUUCUCUUCUCUCCUUCCAACCCCAUAAAAAGAACACGCAUGACAUGAAGUGAUAGCCUACUCAGAAAUCUUUUCCUUUCCUUAGCCUUGAUACCUGUAGAUUCUUUUAACAGAGCGCAAGGAAGUGCAGGCGCGCGCACACACACACAGCUGCAGAGAUCAGCUGGUUUCAUAUCACGUAGCUGCAUAAAAGAAAAAGUUCCAAUGAUGCAUUCCAUCUCAUUGAACUAGGAAGCAAGAGCCAAGAAUACCUUGUGUGUAUCCGUACACGGCCAUGGCGGCCACCAAGAAAUCCUUCCACGGCGUCGACGGCAUUGCACUCGCCGUGCACGGUGACAACGGCGCGGCGGUGGAGGAGGAGCUGCAGGUUCACCGGCCGGAGGAAGGCUCCAGAAUGAUCUUUGGCUUCCCGGUGCCCGGCCGGCCGGCCGCCGUCACCCAACAGUUCUUCCCGGCGACGGUGGUGGUCGCAGCACCGGCGCAGCAGCAGCAGGCAGUGGAGCAGUGCGACGCGUCCGCCGCGGGGGUGGCUGACCAGUGUGCCCGGCCGGAGUCAAGGAAGAGCCGGCGUGGCCCGCGGUCCCGGAGCUCGCAGUACCGAGGCGUCACCUUCUACCGGCGCACAGGCCGAUGGGAGUCACACAUUUGGGACUCUGGAAAGCAGGUGUACUUGGGUGGAUUUGACACAGCACAAGCUGCUGCAAGGGCCUAUGACCAAGCUGCAAUCAAGUUUCGUGGUGUCAAUGCAGACAUCAACUUCACCCUGGACGACUACAAGGAGGACAUUAAGAAGAUGAACAACUUCAGCAAGGAGGACUUCAUCCAGGUCCUCCGGCGACAGGGCACCGGCUUCGUCAGGGGGAGUUCCAGGUUCAGGGGCGUCACCCAGCACAAGUGCGGCAAAUGGGAGGCCAGGAUCGGCCAGUUCAUGGGCAAGAAAUAUGUGUACCUUGGUCUGUAUGACACAGAGAUGGAGGCUGCCCAGGUGUAUGACAAGGCUGCGAUCAAGUGCUACGGCAAGGAGGCAGUGACGAACUUCGACCCCCAGACGUAUGACAACGAGCUCCAAGUGAAAACAUGGGACGGUGAGCUUGAUCUUGAGCUCAGCCUGGGCUGCGCGGGAGGCGAUCCCACCACCGUCGCCGCUGAGCCAUUCAACUCCGCGCUGAGCGUGCAGAGGACGAUGGGCCUGACGUUCAUGCUGCCGGAGGAGGACGAGACGACGGCCUGCUACCCUCACAGGAGCAUCUGCACUAGGCCUUCGCCGACUCCAUCCACGCACAACAGCGUGUCCAGGCGCCCAGGCCCAGCUGGCUAUCACGUUCAUCGCCACAGCGGCAGGAACACGCUGCACAUGCUCCAGAUGAGCCAGAUCAGCAGCAGUGGAGGCGCUGCAGAGACACACAUGCAGGCGCGCCCCGGCUGGCCCAACGGCGGCAAUAAUUGGGUGCCGCCGUACGCCGCCCCCGAGCCCAACGACGACGCCAGCAGCGCCGCUGCAGCAUCAUCAGGAUUCCCACUGGGGCAGCUGGGCCACUGCUGGGCGCGGCAGCAGCCGGCCACGGCGUCCAGGCCCAGCAGCAGCUGAAUCUGCCCAUCACCAGCACCACCAGCAGCAGUGGCACUGACCACUGAUCGGCCACUGGCAAUCUGCCGUGGCCUAAGAUUCUAGCAAGAACCACCGUUCACCUCGGCCGCCGCGCAGCGCCGGGUUCCUUUUUUUGGGUAAGCAGUGUGGCACACUGUAGCUACAAGAGCGCUUUACUCAGGUGAACGGAUCGUCGGGCUGGAAGAUUUGAGCGGUUUUGAGCGUUGGGAGCUCGAAAUCUUCUGCCCUGAUGGUGUGAUGAAAUGUAAAACUAGUGUUUGCUUCAUUAAUUCUACGUUUCUUCGCUAGGUCUUCUACGUAAUGCUGCUCUAGUGCUGUUGUAUGGAUGAAAUGCAAGUAUGAAACCGUGUGAUGUAGUCCACGUCCAAAAAUAUUUGUACACCGAGUUGAGACACCGAGGAAUGGAUA